AUGUCCAGACAUAUACUUGCUACGGAUUUCGAUGAGACCAUUACCAAUAAAGAUACUAUUUCUACCCUGGCGGAACUCCCGUACCUUUACAAAUCAUUUAGCGUUCCUUGGACUCAUUUUGUAGACACAUACAAACAAGGAUGCAGGAAUAUCGAACCUGCAAGCCGCAUGCUGCCAAUUUUGGAACCUUGGAUUCACAAUCCGAAGCAACUCAUCACUGCUACUAAUUUCGACCGAUUGUUCCAAUCGGAGAUAGAAUUCCAGAAAAGCCUAAGGCCCAUAGAGCUGAACAGUAUACGCGAACUCGAGAAGAAGGAAGCGUUUUCGGGCAUUACAGUAAAGAAUAUUCAAGAGUUUUCUAGAAAUCGCACGUUUCUGUUGCGCGAUGGGUUUUUGGAAGCUUGGAAGGCUGUGACAGAAGUCCGGGUUCUUUCCGUCAACUGGUCCGAAAUCUUCAUUCAAUCUCUACUGGAGUCAGCAGCAGAACAAAGCAGCCUAGAAGGCCCAAUGCCUCCUGUCCAAGUGGCUUGCAACAAUCUCAUUGCUGAAGACGGUAAAUUGAGCGGGAAGUUCGAUAAGGCUGUGGUAACAGGAGUUGACAAGUUAGAAAACCUAAAAAAACUCGUUCUGAAUUCCACGCAAACAGCUACAAUAUGGUAUGUCGGUGACAGUGAGACAGACAUACUUCCUAUUCUUUAUCCCGGAGUUAAUGGCGUUGUCUUACUCGAUCCUGCAGAAAACGCUAAAAAACUCACCAAAGUGACCUCUUGCAUGGGUGUUCCGGAUGAAUAUCUCAACAAGUUUGCCGCACAAAAGCUGGAUAUUGUUGAAGUACCCUGCAAGAAGACGGGAGCAUUGUACCUUGUCAAGAACUGGAGAGCUUUUGCAAGGUUGUUACGAUAA